UCUAGAUCGAUCCAUUUCAUGUGAGAAAGACGGUGCUAUCGCGCAUUGUAUUAAUUAGACAAGCACAGAUUCAUGUACCAUUUUAUUGUGGUUCUAGUUCUCUCUCUGAUUACUUUGUGUUCUUAAUACCAUUAAUAAAAAGUAUUCUUGUCAACAUGAUGGUUAUUACUGGAAAAGUGAACAUAACAAACGUUUAAAUCACGGGCAAUUUCUGUUGUUACAUUCCGGAUAGAGUUUCACGAAGAAAAGGGUCCUGUUUGGGUGUUUGAUACGUAAGAAAAACGCGUGGUCCUAGAAUUCCAAAAAUACACACAAUAUUCGGAUUGGAAAAGAAAACGUUUCACUUCGUUCUUUAUUCACGUUUUUUGUGCAUUGUUUCAUAAAAUGAAUAAACAAGUUGAUAAAAAUGAAGAAAAAAAUCCUCAAGAAGAGAAAAUUCGUCGGAAAGAUUCGAAAAUGAUAGACAACGUUUUGAAGACUUUAACAAAUUUGGACGUGCAAGAUAAAUAUGAUGCGUUAAUUGAUAAAUAUAAGGAGCUUUAUGAAAAUCAUCGUCAAUCACAAAAUGCUUUAAACAGUUUAAAAAAGAAAAAUUCAACUUUACAACAAGAAAACGAACACAUUACAAAUGAAAACAACAAAUUAAAUUUGGUUAGAAAUCGUUUGGAAAAACUUUCCAGAGAAUUUCAAAGACAAAAUAAAAUUUUAAAAGAAGAAAACUUUAUAAAAAUAAAAGAAGAAGAAGAACGUCGUCGUAAAAUAACGGUGGAAUUUCAAAAAGCUUUAAGUAAUGUAACGGCAAUGAUGGCGGAAAGUAACGAUCAAAAUACAAAAUUAGGGGAAGAAAAUAAAUUAAUGGCAAGAAGAUUAAGUAGUAUUUAUGAAGAUUUUAAAAACCGUCAGUCUGAAGUGGAUCGUUUCUCAAAACAAAUUGAAUUAGAACGUCAAUUGGCUGAAACUCGUAUUGCAAAAUUAAGUGCUGAGUUUACAGUUGAAAAAGAAAAGGUGUGUGCUGAAAAAGAUUUAUUAUUAAAACGUUGCGAGUUUUUAACAACCGAAUUAAAAGUGAGUACGGAGAAAUCAUCAUCAUUAGAAAAAACCGUUGGAGAGUUUCAAAAAACGAUCACAAAAAGUAGCGAUAUUUUUGAUCAUUGUAAAUCGGAAAUUGCAAAUAUGAGUGAAUAUAUACAAAAUCAACAGAAAAAGUUAUUAGAUUGGCAGGAAAAAAAUGAAAAGAAUUUAGCAACAAUCCGCGAAUUAACAAUUUUAAAUAAUCAAAAAUGUAAAUUAAACGAGCAAAUUACAAAGCAACAAGCUCAAUUAACAAAACUUUGUCGACGACUUCAAGCCGAAAGAACCGCUUAUAUCAAUGCAUUAAGAACGAACGGCUUUAAUCCAGACGAUAUUGUAGUUGAAGCACCUGAGGAUCUUGAAGAAACUUCUUCAAACGUUACAAAUACCGUUAUAACAAACGUUACAAAAAAAAAUGAAAAUCUAACCGGAAAAGGUAAAAAGAAUAAAAAAAAUAAAAAAGUAGAUUUUGAAAGUGGCAAUGAACCUCCUGACAGCUUAACUUUAAAAGAAAUACAACUUGCCGAACUCAAAGAUGAACUUAAACGCGUUCAAGAAAGGGUCGAAAAAAUUCAAUGCGGGAAAAUUGAGGUUAAAAUUGACGACAAUGGCGUUACUUUUGAAGAAAAAGAAAAACCUUUUAAUCAAGAAAUAAAAGAAAAUUCUGAAAAUCAAGAAGAAAAAUGUGAAAUUGAAGAAAAAACAUUUCAAAUUGAUGAGAAAGAAUCUGAAAAUGUAGAUGCUAAAAAUGAGAUUGAAAAUGAUGGAGGGAAAAAAAAUGAAUCUGAAAUAAAGAUUGAAGAAAAGGUAAUCGAAAGUGUACCGAAAGUGGAAGAAUCCAAAGAUGAUGAAAAAUUUUAUGAAAAAGUAGUUUAAUUAACAUUUUAUUAUUGUGCCUAUUUAUUGCUAUAAAAAAGAUUUUUGCACACAUACUUUGUAUUACGUCGUUUUAACUCGUUAUUGUUUUUUAAGGUUUUUAUCAAAACGAUGAAAAAUUGAUUAUAUCGAAUAUUGAGUGAAUAAAGUGUUUUGAUUAAAAAUUA